AUGCAGGCGUCUACUCACAACUCCAAGCAGCGCCUGGCGCUCGCUAUCUGCGAUUUCCUCUCCGCGUCGACCAAUGACGGCACUCUCACCGCCGACGACAAGGACUCCAUCGAUGUCGCCAUCAACUGUAUCGCCGAGUCUUUCAAGGUCGAUCCCUCCGAUACCUCCGCUGUCCAAGCCGCCAUCGGAUCUCAGAACCUCCUCCAGAUCUACUCUGUCUUCGAGAAGGCCCGCGCCGACAAGCCUGCCGCCGCUGCUCCUACACCUGCACCCGUCGAGCUCACCGACGAGCAGAAGAAGGAGGCCGAGGGCCUGAAGUCAAAGGGAAAUGCUGCCAUGGCCCAGAAGGACUACCGUGCUGCCAUCGACUUCUACACCCAGGCUCUGGCCAUCAACCCUAAGAACGCUGUCUACCUCUCCAACCGUGCCGCUGCUCACUCGGCCGACAAGGACCACGCUUCCGCUCGCUCUGACGCCGAGGCUGCCGUUGCCAUCGACCCCGCUUAUACUAAGGCCUGGUCCCGACUUGGUCUUGCUCGCUUCGCCCUAGGCGAUGCUCGUGGUGCUAUGGAGGCCUACGACCGCGGCAUCCAGCAUGAGGGUAACGGUGGCUCUGACGCUAUGAAGAAGGGCUACGAGACGGCCAAGCGCCGUGUUCAAGAGAUGGAGGCUGAGGAGGACUCUCUUCCCCGUGCUUCUCCUAGCGCCGGUGGUGAUCUCGGUGCUGGUGGCAUGCCCGAUCUUGGUAACCUUGCCAGCAUGUUCGGCGGCGGUGGUGCCGGUGGCCAGGGCGGUGGUAUGCCCGAUCUCGGCAGCAUCAUGAGCAACCCAAUGUUCGCAAACAUGGCCCAGAAGCUCAUGAGCAACCCUGACCUUAUGAACAACCUCAUGAGCAACCCUCGUCUACGCGAGAUGGCCGACCGCUACUCAACUGGCGGUGGCAUGCCCGACCUGAACAGCCUCAUGUCCGACCCUCAAAUCGGAGAGAUGGCCCGAAACAUGAUGGGCGGUGGUGGCAACCCCUUCGGAGGUGCUGGUGGUCCCGGUGCCGGCGGUGCCAGCGGACAGGGCGGUUCGCAACAGUAG